CAGUUUCAGGCCUUGACGUCCGUCCUCCGGGGAGGAAACGGAAUGGAUCUGUAGAUGCAGUUCUGCUCUGCUGGCCGGUUUCAGAACAGACCGGGGCGAGCUAAUCACGGAAUGACGCUGUACUGGAUUUCUCUGUCAUAUAUCCAUACAGACAAACCGCAUCCGAAUCUCGCGUGCCAACCCAGAGGGUGACAGUGGUGCCACACCGGCUGACAGGCGGUUACUAAAAUUGGAGCUGCAUCAACAGAUAAACGUGGCACGGGGAUUUUUGUCUGAGAACUCAUUAGAGAGGAAUACCAACAGAGCCUCGGAUUAGCAGGAUAUUACGUGGUGGAUUGCAUCGGGCCGCAAUGUCAAUCUUGCCCUCUUUCGGCUUUACGCAGGAGCAGGUCGCGUGCGUCUGCGAGGUGCUGCAGCAGGGUGGGAAUCUGGAGAGGCUCGGACGUUUCCUUUGGUCCCUACCAGCCUGUGACCAUCUUCACAAGAACGAAUCCGUGCUGAAAGCGAAGGCCGUGGUGGCAUUCCACCGGGGAAACUUCCGUGAGCUCUACAAGAUCCUGGAGAGCCACCAGUUCGCCGCGCACAACCACCCCAAGCUGCAGCAGCUGUGGCUGAAGGCGCAUUACGUGGAGGCUGAAAAGUUGCGGGGCCGCCCGCUAGGCGCUGUGGGCAAAUACCGUGUGCGUAGAAAAUUUCCUCUGCCCCGUACGAUCUGGGACGGUGAGGAGACCAGUUACUGCUUUAAGGAGAAGUCGCGGGGCGUGCUGCGUGAAUGGUACACGCACAAUCCUUAUCCAUCUCCACGGGAGAAGAGGGAGCUGGCGGAGGCAACGGGACUGACCACCACACAGGUCAGCAACUGGUUUAAAAACAGGAGGCAGAGAGACCGGGCAUCUGAGGCAAAAGAGAGAGAAAACAGCGAGAACAGCGGCGUUGGCGGUAAGCAGAGCCAGCGGUCUCCGUUCGACGGAGUGAAGUCGCUCAUGUCCAGCUCGGAAGAUGAGUUCACUCCGCCGCAGAGUCCCGAGCACAACCCCGUGCUGCUACUACAGGGGAACAUGAACAAUCCCGGGGCUCCAGCAUACCCAAUGCCCGGCCUCGGUGCGCAACGUUCGGUGCAUAACAUGCAAGGACAUCCGCAUCAGAUCCAGGAUUCACUGUUGGGAUCUCUAACAUCCAGCCUUGUGGAUUUAGGAUCUUAGGACGUCUCGUUCACAUUUUAAGCGACAAGACUUAAAAACAUAAAUAACCAAUAUGUACGGUGUUACUGCAUAUUCUUAUGACACAGAGGACGCUUGCUGAAAUAAACUAUUAUUGUGCAAAUUAUUAGAAAAAGAGAGAAAAUCAAAAGAGCUUCUCUGAGAUUUUGGAAUUUUGGCGGACAAGUGCGUACAUUUUGUAAAACGUGAGGCCAAUAUUUAAGAAUAUUCAUUUGAUGCAUAAAACUUUAAUAAUUUAUGAUGUUUUAAUCAAGGAUUAAUUUAUAGAAAUUGUUCUGUAUUGGACUACGAAAAGCAGGGAUUUUUAAUGAGAAAAUCAUUGGCUUCAAACAUCUUUAUCUAAACUCUAUGGAAACUUUGUUUCGUUCUUUUUUAUUUAGUUUAAAUGUAUGUAGCACUACAUUUAAUUUGUAGCUUUUUUAAACACAUUAUUGUCCACAUUUUCACGUCAAUUCAGCGCUUUGAGCAUUUAUGUUUUACAUGGAAAAGCCUGUUAACCAAAAUAAAGAAAAUCAGGAAACCACAAUAAAUAAACACAAAGGCUCAAAAUAACAAAAAUAUGCCAAUCCACGUGACGCGUCCGAGCCGGAAGAGGGCAUGCGCGUGAAAAAUGAGAACGCCAGAAACAUAAACAAGAAAAAUCGCCCCUUAUGCAGAGGGCAGAGAGACGCCAAGAGGCGCCAGGCUGCGCGCAGGGCCGAGUUUGACUUUUUGACCAUUGUUCAGUAAAACGAAAUAUAAAAAAGGCCAAACCGGACACAUGAAAUCACUUUAAGCCUUGUAACUAUAGGUUUGAUAAACAUUUAUUAGUUCAUUACGCUGACCGACUUCACAAAAAUUAGAAAAUGGAGACAGAGGGAGAAAGGGGGAGUAUUGCUAAUUUUUUUCUGUUUGUUAUGUCAGUUCUGGGCCACUGAAAAUUGACACGAUCCACAAGAGCCGCUCUAAAGACCCUCCACCCAAAACGCCUCGUCCACACCAUAAGACUACAAAACAUUGUCAACCCAAUUGUGAACUUUUGUUUCUUUUUAGCGAAAACUCCAGACACUGACAAGCAAAUGAAAUUUUCUACAUUUCCAGCUCCGCGUAUGAAAACCAACAUUUCUGGAAUAUUCGGCAGUGUGAUCAACAUGAAUUCGCCUCUUUCUGUCUCUUUUACGUCGAUAGUCUCGUGUCAGUGUAAAUGGAUUUGAACAGAGAGCGCAGAGGGUUUCCGGGCCCUAAUUAGAACCAUUCUCCUCGUUUAGAGGGGCUUGAUUGCAGGAAUGAGGGGGACACCCUUCCAGCCUGGAGCCACAGGGUGCUGCACAACAAUCUAUCUAUCUAUCUAAAGCAUAUUCAAUAUUCACUGUCCCUUUUAACAAUACAUAAACACAGGCGAUUUUUAAAAUACCUUUAGGAUUGGUAAUAAAUAUCAUAUCAUGCCUGACUUAAACUGAGGAACUCAUUCUUCCCCCAAAAAGGCAAAUGCUGGGCAUGAAAGUCAGCUGUGGUUUUAAUCAACAGUCUAAUUAUAUUUUGCACAUAUAAACAUUCCUUACAUCUGCUUUCCUCAUAUUGGUAAUUGAGAAAUUCAAAUAGCAAAAUGGUUUCUUUUGAUUUUUCUGCUGAUGUGGCCAGCUCUGUGUUUUGUCAACCAUUUGGUAGACCAUAGAUUGGUAAAAAGAGUAUGAAUCAGCUUUGAUUUGUUCAUGAUAAUCAAACCCCUGCCAAAGUGUCAUUAUUAAACAUCUUUUUGUUUAAUUUGUCACAUUGAAGUUUCUUUCACAUUGAGAACAUAGGAUAAAAAGCAUCCUUACAUUCUUACACAAUAAAUCUCAAACAAUCGAUUGAGGUACAUUCUUUUUUCAUCAAAGGUCAGAAAUUUUUUUUCACAUUGCGUAUUGGUUAGAUUAUGAUGUCAUAAGUGUUGUUACUGUUCUCUGGCACAGACAAAAUGCUGUGAAAUACUUCUGGUGGCAAACCUGUAUCUGACAGUCAAUCUCACACACUAGGAUCUGUUUGUCAGAUAGCUUCACCUGCCCAGGUUGUCACUCAUCCAGAACUCUCAAGGAAACUGACCCUUAAAUGGGUUUUUGGGGGAGGGGGGCCGCACUGAAGGAGCUUUUAAAGUGAGUCUCAAGAGAGCCAGAAGAGGGGUAUUUUGUUACCAAUGAUGCAUGGACCUGACAACACUUCAGCCAGCCAGACCCCCGACAAAGACUAACAUGUGUUUGUGGGAAAGGGAUAUGGGCGAUACAUCAGUUUUGAAAUACACUUUUCUGAAGGUCACUGAAACUGAAGCAGUCAUUUCUCACUUACAGUAAGCAGGACACACACACAUACACACACACAUCUCAGAGAUAAGAUCAGGCUUAUAUUAAAUAUCUAACAAGAGGAACUGCAUCUGUAGAAACUUGCAUUUGCAU